AUGUCUACUUUAAAUAAUGUCGAAAAUAAUGGCGAGUCAAGCAAUUCAAAACGAUCCUCUCUCUCUGUACUUAGUGCGCUUGAUCCAAAAAUGAAGAACAACAGAGAAAAAUCACGUCUAUCAGAUAGCGAGCUCAAAAUGCUGUUGACUGAUGCAGAUUCUGACAGAGUGAAUCAAGCUAUGCUUUAUGAAGCAAUAGAUAAGGUUUUAAAUAAUUUAAAAAAUUAUCAUCCGUAUUCUUCACCUUUUCAAAAAAAAGUAAAUCAAAAGGAAGCACCGGACUACAAUGAAGUUAUAAAGAAUCCUAUGGACCUCGGAACGAUCGCUAAAAAAUUAAAAAAUCGCGCUUACAACAGUAAAGAAGAAUUCGCAAAUGAUCUUUAUUUAAUAUAUACGAAUUGUAUCACUUAUAACACCCAUCCGGACAAUAUCUUUCGAAAGUAUGCUAUAGCUAUGAAAGAGAAGAUGGAUGAACUUCUUGAAGCUGUUCCGGAUGUUAAAAUUCAAACCCUUGCUGAAUAUAAAGCAAGCUUGAAACAAGAUUAUGGUGAAUUAUUUAAAGUAGAAAAAAAGUCGCCAUCAUUAGAUCAGCAUAUCGAAAGCGCCUCGAGCGCUUCUUUGCAAGUAGAAGAUGAGCCGCCGGGUACCGAUGCUGGAACAGAUGUUCAAUUGGCAGCAGAUAUGACGGGGCACUCUCAAGCGUCUCAAGAAAAUUCAUCAGAUGAAGAAGAAGAUAAGGAAGCAGAUCGAGAGGUUCAAGAAAUGCUCAAAAACAUAAGACUGAUCCCUACAUUACCAUUAUUAUGGGAUCCUGAAAAAGAUAACCCAAAUCGGGAUAAAUUUUUUGACUCAAACUAUGAUCCAAGCGCCAAUCUACCAACUCUUGACCAAUAUCCUCAACUUCAAUUCCCGAAACAGGGCACUAGUGCGAUGAUCGAAAAAAAUAUCGAAACUCUUAAGCAAUCCCGCAUUCUUCAUGCCAAACUUGUAUCUGCGAGGCAUAACAUUCCGUUGAGUCAUCUUGGUAUUUCAGAAAAGCCUUUAGAAGAGACGCCAAUAAUUAAUCCUACAAUUGACCAAAGGGAUUUACCGCCACUUACUUUGAACAAGGAAACCGGCUUUGCUUGUAUGCAGCGCGUUGUUUCUAGGUUAUGUCAACACGCAGGAUUUGAAGCAACUUCUAGUAGGGCUUUAACUAUUUUAACUGAAGUCGCACAAGAUUAUUUCUUAAAUUUGAGUAAAACUUUACGUACAUAUAUGGAUGAAUACAGUAAAAAGAUGACUCCUGAGGAAAUGAUUAAUCAUACAUUGUAUGAAAAUGGGGUUUCGUCCGUAAAAAACCUUGAAUCAUACAUCCAUGAUGAUAUUCAACGUUAUGGUACGAAAUUACAAGAUAUUAAACGCCGUUUGGAGGCUGCCUUAUUGCAACCUGAGGAAAUCGAAGAUGAUAUCCCUGAUGAUGAUGCAUUUUUAACGGGUGUGUUCGGCGAAGAAUUACAUGAUGAUUACUUCGGAUUCAAAGAGCUCGGUUUAGGACCUUUGCAGGUUCCUCCACAAUUAAUUCUUGGGUCGAAAAGAAUAAAGCCUUUACCUAAGAAAGCCUCAGAACAUGAUGAACGACAAUUACCUCGUCAUAUUCCACCACCACCAUGGUCUCCAAUAACAGAUCCAGAAAGUCAAAUCGGUUUGUUAAGAGACUUCUUUCGUGAUAAAAAAAAUGCCUCUAUUAACGACCAAAUAAUUGAGGAUGAAAAUCUCCCCGCUAAGCAUCGAAAUCAAAGGCCUCUGGAGGAGCGUGAAAGAAAAAAGGCUGAGAAGAAUGAACAAAAGCGACAGAAACAAUUAGAAAAAGAAGCCGCAAAGAAGGCAGAAGCAGAGGCUAAAGAGGCUCGAAAAGCAGAAAUAGAGCAUCAGAAACGGCGUGCUCAAGAAGCCAAAGAAGCAAAAAAAUUAGAGCAAGAAGCCCUGAAGAAAGCGGACGCAGAAGCAAAAAAGUCUGAACCUAAAAAGAAAAAAUCGACCAGCUCAAAAACCGGAAAGUUGGCAAUUACGCCACCACAAGCAGAUGUCAGUUCAUCUGUGGCGUCAUCUAUGUCUUCCAAAAAGGUUCAUUAUUUAGAUGUUGAUUCUGAGACGGUGCCACUCGGACAACUCAAAAAACAACGUAGAACAGAAGUUACAGGCUCAAAACAAACCAACCGUCCUUCUCCAACGGCAAAAAAGAGAGUUCCACAUAGCUAG